CCUACCUAAGAUAAGUUACUUUAAUCCCCAUAACUCCAUUGGCCCAUCCCCUCACCCAGACUGCUGCGGAAGCUCUUUAUGCCCCACCAAACGGGACGCAUGCACGCUGAUGUCAAAAGGCAGCCGAAGCAAAACUUCCUUCGUCGAUUACUAUGUAACUACACUAAUAAAAACCAUACAUGGUACCCCUUCCCUUCCCCAUCUAUCGCGAUACAAAUAACCACAACCCCACCAACCAACCAACAACCUAUGGACCCAGAUCUCGACUCCGGCCUCUUCGGCAUCCAGCUGUCCGAUUCCGAGGACGGAUCCAAUAAUGACUCAGAACCAGCUGAGGGCACUCGACCGAAGAAAGGGGAAGCAAACACACCCGUCGAUCGGACGGCACAGUCCGAGGAAGAGUUUCAGGCGGUAAGGAGAGAGUACCGAGUUAAAGUCGAAAACGGAGAAAUAUGGAAGACCAUCCAGCUCCCCGUAGGCCCGGGCCGGGUCUCCAAACCAGAUGCCCAGGCGCUGCUGCACGCGGUCGAGGAGCUGUACUUUUUCCGGCGGUACUCGGACGGCGCAAACUUUGCGCGGGCAAUUCUAAGCAGCAACGGGGAUGAAGGAGGGCCAAUUGGGCUUGACGAGGAUACUAAGAAGCUAUUACGGUAUUACGAGACGAAAUGUAUCGAGAAGCAAGGGUGAUGAAAGCUGGAAGGUGGUUUAGGUAGGAUUAAUAGAAGGUUGAUACCCCGCGCUGCCGUAAAGUUUACCUCGGAAAUUCAAACUUGGAGUUCACAUGUAAGUGCAACAGGAGGAAGGUGAGUACGAGA